GGGCUGUGCCCGGAGUUGGUCUGAGGGGCGACCGCCUCCUCCCGACGGUGCUGUGCCUCCGGGAGCCCGGUACAUCGCCGGUGUCUGCAGCACCUCCUGCUCGGCGGCACCAGCACCAGCUGCUCUGACGGUGGCUCUUCGGUGCCCAGCUCCGUGGGGGCUCAGGAUUCUCAGAUCGAUGUGGCCCCGAGCCCCGCCAGCCCCGCAGUGCUGUGAGGUUCCCGCCGAGGGCAGGAUCGCUUUUGGCGGCCCUGCGGGGGGCAGAGCACUACGGCAUCCAAGGAAGAGCUCUGUAAAAUCACCGCGGGCCGACUGAAAACAGCGCUCCUCAUCCUCCUCAGCCUCGCACGGGAGGCUGCUCGCCGGCUCCCAGCAGCUGGGAGAGGAAGACCUUGGUGGCACGUUCUGUGUUUUCCUCGUGUGCUUCGAGGGAGUGGGGAGCUCCUGAGGAACUCCGCAGCCUCCCUGUUGCUGUGGACAUCGAGUAGUGCCCUGUGUAUCUGCUGCUGACAGCAGGCACCCUGUUAGUAGCAGCAACAUUGUCAUUUCCUGCUCUCUUUUCUCCUUGGCAGAGAGCACCAUGGAAUGUGGUUGUGGAGCUGGAAGGGGCUCUGGUAGUAGAACACCUCUGUGGAGUCAGCAGAAAGCAAGACAUUAACCUUUAGUUCCACCAGCACCAGAGCUGGGGACAGGGGGAAGGCACAUCCUGCUGGAGAAGGUCUUGGCUUCAUCAGUGCCAGGAAAUGUAGAACCAGAAUAGAAAUGAAAAGGAAGGAAGCAAACAAGUACAUAUCAUUAUGCAGUUGUGAAAUGAGAGAAGAUGAAGAUUCAAAUGCAGAGAGGAACUGAACAUCAGAAAGAGCAUGGGAAGAGAUGCAGAGGUCUCACUUGUCAUUCUUGUGGAUCUUGUGCCAUCUUAUCAGCAAAUAUCAUGCUGGUGUUGCUGUUUCCUCAUGUGGGUUGCUUUACAGAUGAGACCUCAGCUUCAGCCAGGAAGUUCCACUGGGUGGUGGAGCAGAGCUCCAGUGAACACUCUUUCUUCUGGAGACACGUGUGGCUGGGCUCUGUGUGCCCAGCAUGGUGUGGAGGAGGGUGGCUACUGUGGAUGCUAAUAGAAACGAAAGGGGAGGAAAUGGCAGAUGAGAGGAGGUUUUGCUCUGAGUAUGAAGCGUGGCAGCAGGCAUUGGGGAGCAGCAGAGAUUGCACCCACAGAGGCUGGGAGGACAGAGGGGCCUGCACCUGCUGACUGCUGCCCUUAUCCCUUUGGUGCCAAGGAUGACACAAGCUGUCUCUGGUCUGGUGGAUGCCCAUGUCUGUCAUGCCAGAGGUGGCAGGGAAAUACAGGGCAGUGGCAAUGAAGUGACAGGAGCUGGCAUCUGUGUCCUCAUGGCCAGAGUGGAGGCAGGGCUCUGCAGGGCCACCUGCAUCCCACUCUGAUCAAGCCCAUCCCUAUGUCAAACCGCAGGUCCCUGGGGGCUGGCAGGGUGUGUGUGUCCCCACCUGGGCUCAGCAGGAGCACACCUGAUCACCAGAUGGGUGUGGACAUCACCCCCCGUUGUAGCACUGCUUCCUCCAGGGGCCCCAUUCCCUGGUGCAAAACAAAAUAGGAUCGGGUGGCCUGGGAAGGUGGUGCUGUAGGAAGCUGGGGAAGUGGCAGGGAGCUGGGCUGGCCCUCGUGGAGAGGGAAAUGGCCCUCAGCAGCUCCCGGGGCAUUACUCAGGUCUGAGGGCCCAGAGUAUGUGGUCAGGAUGAAACCAGAGGAGGAAUCAGAGAAGAGAGGAGAUAAGAACUGGGCUGAGGCAAGAGAAGGGGAAGAAAGGGGAAGCCUGUGAGCACAGAGGAAACUGCCUGGCCCAGUGGUGCAGGGGUGAGGUCCCAGCAAGGCUUCAGCUGCCCUUGGCUGAGCAGUGACCCCACACUGCAGGGAGAGACGCAGGCUCCCGGCUGAACCCAUCAGGCACCCAGCACUGUCACCAUGAGGCUCUUGGGGAGCAUGGAGCUCUGGCUGACCAACAUCUUUCUGCCCCUGCUGCUCCUCACCUGGCUGCCAGUUGGAACAGCCAGUCAAAUGGUAAAGCCAGUCACCACUGUGCAGCUCGAGACUGGUUUGGAGAAUCUCACAGUGCAGGUGAAAUGGUACAAUCCUGAUUGUCUGGAGGGGGAGAAUCAAACCAACCCUGUGUUUCUGGGGGAAAACUGUAUGAAUUUCACCAGCUCAAACCUGUGUACAGCCCGCACAGAAAUCUGUGGUUUUGGGGUCUUCAACUCAACACCAAACUCAACAGAUGCUAGAAAUCAAACCAACACUGUGUUUCUGGCUGGAAACUGUAUGAAUUUCACCAGCUCAAGCCCGUGUACAGUCUGCACUGGAAUCUGUGUGUGUAGGGUCUUCAUCAGAAGACCAAACGCGACAGAUGCUGGAAACAGAACGCAAGCAGCAGAUCUCAGCUGUGUCUGUGCAGGACCUCAGACUGAUGUCACAGGGAAGAUCUGGACAGGACUCAACCUCCUCCUGAGCAUCCUCCUUGGCUUAGCGGUCGGGACGCUCCUUUACAUGCCCGUAAUUGGCUUCCUGCUGUGGCAGUGCAGAAGAAACAGAACAGGAGAGCUCAUGAGCGGGGAAGUGGCAGAGGGGAAUCGGGUCAGUACGGCAGCCUCAGUGACAGGGACUGAGGAGCUGACCUAUGCCAACCUGAAAUUUGAAAAGAAGGGGACAGGAUCUGCCUCCUCCAAUGUCAUUUACACCGAGGUCAAGCCAUUGCAACAGAAGCAGAGUGGUGGGGAUGGCAGUGCUGCCAACACAGAGGUGGAUGUUUCCCCCAAGGAAGAAGGCAAGUGAGGGAGGUGAGCAGCUUAUUGUCCACCUGUUGGGAUCGUCCUCCUCAAAAACUAGGUGUCAGCUCAUACAGCAGCACAGUCUUGGGGACAAAGACACCUAUUACCCCCGAGUGGCUGCAGAACCCUGCUUUAUGUUCCCCUGGAAGAAGUCAUGUGAGGACAGGGCUCUUGAGCCUGCUUUCCCCUUGCCUUCUGCAGCUCCAAGCACUGCCAAGCCUCAGCAACUAUUUUUACUGUCUCUAGUUGGUGACAGGCUCCUCUAGCUGCUUGUUCUGUGUUCAGGAAUGACAGUGUACACUGUGUGGCCAGCAUGGUGUUCAGGAAGAGCUUCGUCCUGGACAUGCUGGGUGGCAUAUGCUGGCCAUGAGAAGUCCUGGAGCAAUUUUCUGGAUUUUCUCUGGAGCAGGCACCUGCUGUGAUAUGGGCUGACCUUUGUUUCAUUCACUCACUUGAAACACAAGGGGCAAGGAUUGAAAAGCAUUGCCUACUUCACAGAGGUGCUGCUGCAGUGAUGCACAUGGAUCUGCUUGUCCUGGGAGUAGACAGGUGUUUCUGCUGGUUUGCUGGUGAAUACCCUUCUUGUGGGUAGAGCACUCUCUUUUGUGCCCUCUUUUAUUGAUAAUGUUGUGUUUAUUGUGAGUUUUUUCAGUAAAAUUGUGAUUCCUACA